GGAAAUAAAACCACACAGUGCAAAAUGGCAGAGAAAAAAGAAAGUUUUCCGAAGAUUACGUUUAGUUUGGAUUUACUUUCAUAGAGAAAGAUGAGUUACAAUUGCCUCAGUGUGUGAUAUGUAUGAAAGUAAUGAUAGCAUGAGGCCCAGUCGCCUUGAAAAGCAUUUGAAGCAACAACAUCCUAGUCUGGUUUUGAAGACGAAAGAGUUUUUUUCUUCUAAAGCAGAAUCACUCAAGCCGAUGAGACUGGAUACAUCGGGAAGUUAUCACACAGUUGUAUCGCAGCAUCUCAAAGCUUCAUUUGAAAUAGCUUUUAUGAUAUCACAGCAAAAUAAACCUCAUACUAUCGGUGAAGAAUUAAUCAUGAAUCAUGUGUCCUAAAAGCCACGCAGUAAUUUUAGGAGAAGAUGCAGAGCAAAAAAUGAAGUCUAUUUCUCUUUCUAAUAACACAGUCAAGCGUAGAAUCGAUGACAUUGCAGCAGACGUAAAGUCACAAAUAAUUAACAAAGUAAAAUUAUCGCCAUUUUUUGCCAUUAGUUGCGAUGAAUCCACAGACAUCGUUAAUUGUGCACAGUUAAUAGUUUAUGUUCGUUACAUCGGCGGAGAUAUCAUUCAAGAAGAGAUUUUGUACUCGCAAUCUUUGCCAGCAGGUACUAAAUCUGAAGAUAUUGUGACAAAUCAUACUGUCGGCGCCAUCUGUUGGGCGAGUCUCCUACUCGCUAGAGCUUCAUGGCCGAUCUCUACUUUUACGCGAAUCACGACCGCACCAGCCACCUGGCGGCGGCUAUGAGG